AUGUCAAGCCAGUGGGCACCCGCUCUUCCCCCAGCAACACCAAAGGGCGCGGCGUCAAGGGCUGCUUCUCCAAGUGAGCCCCCAUAUCCCCGCAGGGAGCGGUCGCAGACAUUGCCCCCAGCAGCCAACUUCGCAUUCCCCGCUGCCGGCAUGAGCGGGCAGGCGGGUCCACCCAGUUCACCCACGAAGCUCCCAGCUCGACUAUCGGCCAUGCGUCUAGUUAACGGGCUCAUGGACAGCAGCAUCACCCGCCUCGGCCCCCCCGUCCCCGACGUGGUUCCGAUCGACGGCCUCAAGUACGACACUGCGGCCACAUUGGCCUUGCAGAGCGACUUUUCCCGCCUACUAGAACAGAGAGCACAGGAGCAUCCGACGAUCAAGAGUUACGACCCGAUGACGCAACGCAAGACGGCAACCCUUCUUUUCGGAUUCUACAGCACGAGAGGCGUCGCAUCGUUGAAAAGGUCGCUACAGAUCGCCCCGGACGCCCUCAACCUCGACACUACGAUUCGCGACCGACUCGAAGCGGCGUCGCUCCGUGAGACGCAUCCCCACUUCAGCGAGCUAUUUCGAUAUGCGCGACAGGUCUGGGAAGAUUCAGAGGACCAACCGGUCCGCACUGCCACACAGCGCGCCCUGACGGCGAUACGUUUCUGUUCGAUCGUUGAUGACAUUGAGAGGAAGUAUCACGCACGUGACAAGGACGUCAUGAAGCUGCUCGACCCCUUUCGGAAGGGUUCGAAGAGGAUCAAAGUGACUACUUUGAUCCGCCAGUACAUUUGCAGCGUGUCAAAUAUCAUGAGUGCGAACCGGCUAGGCGAUCAAUUUCAAUAUGCGCACGCGCACUACGAGCUAGUGCGACAACUUGGGUGGACGCCCAUCUUUACACUGCAGGAUAAAGACAAUCGCAGCGUGUUCCGGAAGGUCUGUGGCGACAUGGUCUCCUCUUUCAGCAUACCAGGAGAGGUGCUCAUGUACCACAUGUCAAAGAAAGAGUUCUUGCCGACGAACAUCUCCAUCCCUGCCGGUUCGACACUGCAAGACAUCUCCCAUUUAUUCAGACAGAUCUUCGGCCACGAACCAACCCUUCUGGAUGAUACCCUUGCCAGGCAGUGGGUUCAGGUGCUCGAGGUCAAUGCGGAGUUGGAUUUCGGAUCAGAGGAAGAUUAUGGGACGUAG